AGAAUGAUAUAAUGAGUUUCCCGGUGGCAUUUUUGCUCGUUCUCUUCUUGGUUCCAUUCACAUUUGCGACAAAUAAUUUAGUUGUUAGACAGAAAGAAUUGGAAAUUGUAAUUGGAGGAGAAGUCUCUGUUAAUUUCCAGAUCAAAAACCACACAUCACAAUCAUUGAACGCAACACGUAUCUCCCUCUCGCAGUCACCAUACAUCUCCCAUCCUGAUGCUAUUCUCGUUGACAAUUGGAAUGCUAAUGUGACAGUUUUAGGAAGCCAAUUGGUGUCCGGAGCUAUUUUAGAAGCUCUCAAUUGUACUACAGAUGGGUCAAUUACUUGUCCUCUGGAUCUUGAAGAUGCGUUUGCUAGAAUCACAGUUAUUCGCUCUCACUUUCUUGCCAUUUUGAUUCAAAUUGUUGGAUGGACAUACUUCUUCGCAUGGAGUAUUUCGUUUUAUCCCCAAAUGUAUCUGAAUUUCAAAAGAAAAAGCGUCGUCGGGCUAAACUUCGAUUUCUUAUCUCUGAACCUUGUCGGAUUUUGUGCAUAUGCUAUUUUCAAUCUGUUAAUGUAUUAUAAUAGUCAUGUAAAGAAUGAAUACAAUAUUGUGAAUCCUCGGUCACCGCCACCAGUACUUUUGAACGAUGUUGUGUUCGCUGUUCACGCAUUUCUUGCCUGCUUUAUCACAAUUCUUCAAUGUUUAUUCUAUGAACGUGAUAAUCAGAGUGUUUCUUCAAAAUGUAUCGCCCUUAUGAUUGUGCUGAUCUCUUUUGGAUUCUGCUCCGCUGCCGCCACGGUUCUCAGGAAAAUUCAAUUGCUCUCGUUUGUGACCAGUUUGUCGUACAUAAAAAUGGCUGUAACCUGCUGUAAAUAUUUCCCACAGGCUUACUUCAACUAUACCCGAAAAAGUACAGUUGGAUGGUCAAUCGGAAACAUCAUGCUAGAUUUCACAGGAGGAACUCUCGAUAUUCUUCAAAUGAUUCUUCAAGCAGUUAAUGUGAACGAUUGGUCUGCAUUUUAUGCGAAUCCCGUCAAAUUCGGACUGGGAUUUGUCUCAAUAUUCUUUGACAUCAUUUUCAUGGUUCAACAUUAUGUAUUGUAUCCAAAUGCAGAAGAACCAAAGAAAAAUCAGGAAACGAGUCGUUUUUAAUAGUUAUGAUCAGGUUCCACACAAUGAAUAUCAUGGUGUUGACAAUCCCAAUCCAGACAAUAUUGCUCGUGAUGCUGAACAAUAUGCCGGCGACAGUGAAUCGAUGGAGUCAACGGAACCUAUUAUUGUACAUGACUAGAUCAUAAUAUUCAAAUUCUUUGCCCUCCUCGGUGCCUUUUGUUGUACAUAUUCAAAAUUUCUAUUGCAUAUCGUGAUUUGAAUAAUAUUGAUUCUACGGUGAUAAACUUGUUCAGUGAGAAAU